AUGUCCACUCAAUCAACCAACACCACCUCCAACAACACCAACACAACCACUCUUUUAAAACCCGAAGAAGCCCAAAGCUUUGAAGAAUUAAUUUCAUUUUGUGAGCAUGAAAAAUCUGAAAUUCAAAUCACUGCACUCUCUCAUCUCCUCUCUACCUUCAAAAAUCAUCAUUCACCCUAUAUUAAAUAUUUGAGAUAUCAUUCUCGCUUGAUGGAGAAGUGUAUGAGAAUACUAGUCACAGUGAUUGAGAGAAGUAUUCCAUUCGUAGUUGCAACAAGUGCACAAAAACUGACAACCACUACUCCCGUCGCGACAAGUACGAAAACUACGACAAUUACCGCUUUGAAUCCAUCUACAACUCAAAAGGCUCAAUCAUCAAAGAAAGACUCUUCACAAGAAUCCAACAACACACUGACACAACAACAAGUCAUUCAUAUCAAUACAUGUAAAUUAGCCUUAUCAUGUCUCAUUCUAUUAUCUCAAGAUGAAAGUACUCUCUUGUUGAAUGAAAUGGUGAAGAAUAAUAUUAUUGAAAUUUUAAUGAAUAAGAGCCAAUUAUUUGACAUUGAAAGUUGUGCUCAUUCUUCCACAUUGAAUACCUCUUCCACACGAAAGAAUCCAUCCAACAAUACAACUAGUACCAUCAUGGAAUAUGUUGUAUUACUUUUAAGUAAUUUGACAUCAAGUUCAGAAUUAGCAAGAUUGAAAUUUCUUCAAAUGGAUGGAAAUUUGACAAGAAAAAGGGUACAGAAAAUGAGCCUUUCAAGUGAAAGCAGUGAUGAUAGUACAAGUGAUUCGAGUAGUAGUAGUAGUGAUGAUGAUGAUGAAAAUGACAAACUCAAUUCUUCUCUUCGAGAUUUAUACAUUAGAAAAUUAAUGAACUAUUUCAUGAAUGGAUUGGAAACAUUUUCACAACAACACUCUACUGUAACCCACUCAUCUUUAUCUCUUCAAUACUCUUAUUUAAUACCAACCAUAUUAGCAAAUUUAGCUGUCAAUGAUCAUGCAAAACAUGCAAUGAUAUUAUCCUCAUCUCAACACUUGAAUCAUUCUUCACAUUUACAUACUCUUUUAUUUCAUAAUAGAAAUAUUAAUUUAUUCAAAAGUUUUGAUAUUCAUGAAGAUCAAUGCAUGAGAAGAAGAGCAAUACUUUCUCUAUUGAAGAAUUGUUUGUUUGAUAAAAAGAAUAUUCGAUCCAUUCUAUUAUAUCAAACGUUUGAUCAUUCAAUUCAUGAACAUGAUCAGGAUGGUGAUGAAAGUGAUAGUAGAAGAGAUUUAGUGAUGGAUUUAAUUCUCUAUCAAUUGACAUAUCAUCUCUUUCCUUCCUAUAUUCGAGUACUUGCUGCUGAAUGUCUAGUAUUAAUUACAAACACACCAUUUGGAGUAGAAUAUUUAAAAAGUAAUUAUUUAACAAAGAUUAAGGAAUUGAAAAAGAGUAAUAUUUCAAGUCAGAGUGGUGGUGAUUCAAGAAUAUUGGGUGCAACAACUAGUAGUAGUACCACUACCAAUAUUACUACCAAUACUACUACCAAUAUUACCACCAAUAUUACCACCAAUACCAAUACUACUACCAAUACUACUUCAACAAUGAGUAGUAGUAGUAGUAAUUCUGAACAUCUUCAACUCCUCGAUCAAGUCAUUCAGAGUAUUGAAAAUAGAAAUAUGAUUAGACUUGGAUCAUUGGUGAGAGUGGAUGAGAAUGGACAAAUGAUUAAUGUAGAUUCUACUCAUACUACUAGUAAGAGUACGACUACUACUACAAAUGAUGAUAACGAUCACCACCACCAUCACCACCACCACCACCAAACGACUCCAAGUGAAAACCCACAACAAGAGUAUCCACAAGAACCACCUUCUUCUUCUUUGAAUGAUUUAGAUUAA